CGCGCGCGAGCGCGGCCGGAAGUGGCUCCGGGGGCGGCGGCGGCGCCCGGUGUGGCCAUGGAGGGCCAUUCCCCCUUUGCCCAGGUGAUCCCUCACCUGUCCGAGGAAGAGGAGGAGGAGGAGGAGGAGCAGCCAGGUGAGGAGGAGGAAGGACCAGGUGAGGAGGAGGAAGGACCAGGUGAGGAGGAGGAAGGACCAGGUGAGGAAGGAACAGGUGAAGAACCAUGUGAGGAAGAUCCAGGUGAGGAAGAACCAGGUGAUGAAGAAGAUCCAGGUGAGGAAGACGCAGGUGAUGAUGAAGAUCCAGGUGAAGAGGAUCCAGGUGAUGACGACGAUGAAGAUCCAGGUGAUGAUGACGAUGAAGAUCCAGGUGACGAUGAAGACCAAGACCACCACCCGGGUGCCUCCCUCCAGGUGCGCCGCUCUCCAGGUGCCCCCUCCACCUCCUCCCGCCGGCCCCGCCUCUACCUGCGGCCACGCCCACCCCCCGCCCAGCCCGGCCCCUCCCACCUGCAGCUCCCCUGGGCCCACCCGGGUGCUCCAGGCCUGGAGACCAGCUCACCUGAGCCAGGUGAGGCCGCCACGCCCGGCUUCGUGCAGCUCAUCGACGAGCGCGGCGUCUACUCCACCGCCAAGCUGGUGCUGGGCGGGCGCUCAGGUGCGCCAGGUGAGGCUGAAAACGACGACGAGGAGGAGGAGGACGGCGCAGGUAAGGAGGAAGAGGAGCUACCUGCUCACCUGGAGAUCCGCCAGGUGAUCGUGGCCGACAAACCCUUCCAGUGCCCCGCCUGCCACAAGAGCUUCAAGCGCACCUGGGAGCUGCUGAGCCACCAGGUGGUGCACACGGAGGCGCGGCCCUUCACCUGCCACCUGUGCCGCGCCACCUUCAAGCGCCACUCGGACUUCAAGAGCCACGCCCUGGUGCACACGGAGGAGCGGCCGCACAGGUGCGACCUGUGCGGGAAGCGCUUCAAGCGCUCCUCCAACCUGCAGGAGCACCGCCGCAUCCACAGCGGCCAGCGCCCCUUCACCUGCCCCAGGUGCGCCAAGUCCUUCAAGACGCCUUACGAGCGCCAGCGCCACGCCCUGACGCACCUGGCGGCCGAGAAGAAGACCCUUCAGGUGCGGCGAGUGCGGCAAGGAUUUCCCGGCGGCCAACGCGCUGCUGCUGCACCGGCGGCACAGGUGCGAGGACAAGCCGCACACCUGCGGCGUGUGCGGGAAGCGCUUCACCUACGGCCACUCGCUCAAGGUGCACGAGCGCGUGCACACAGGUGACCGCCCCUUCAGGUGCGCGCUCUGCGGCAAGGCCUUCAAGCAGAGCAACGCGCUGGCCUCGCACGAGCGCGUGCACACAGGUGAGCGCCCCUUCGCCUGCCGCACCUGCGGGAAAGCGUUCAAGCAGUCCUCCUACCUGGCCAUCCACCAGC